CCCCCCCGCCCACAGAGAGUUCACUCCUGCAACUCCGGAAGGGAAGAGGUUUUCUCUUCCUCUCCUAGGCGCCUGGCUCCUUGAUUUAGCAAGGAGUUCUGCCCGUUCUCUUUGAAAAAGCAAAUUUCAAUGUCACAGAGACCCUGUUCUACUGCAAUGCAUGUCUCUAAGGCAGCCGAGAUCCUGAAUUUUCCUCCUUGAAUUUCCUGGGUGGGGGAAGCAGAACCCCAGAUCUCCUUGCUAAGGCCACGUCUGCGGAGGGGAAGGGAAAUCUCGAGUCGCCCCCUGAAAUCUCCUCAUGGAAAGGAAACGGAGACAUCCAUUCGUGCACGAAGAGCAAAGCAAACGAAACAAACUCUCUCUCCCUGGCGAGGCAGCAGCCAUGGCUGCAUCUGGGGGUCCCGUGCAGGAUCUCUGCGAGGAAGCCACUUGCCCCAUCUGCCUGGAGAGUUUCCGGGAUCCAGUGAUCAUCCCGGAGUGCGGGCACAACUUCUGCCGAUCCUGCCUGAUCCAGUGCUGGGGGGAAUCCGAGGGAGAGGCUUCCUGCCCUCAGUGCAGGGAAAUCCUUCAGCACAGGAACCUCAUCCCCAAUCGGCCGCUGGCAAAUGUUUUGGAAAAACUCCGUCUUCAAGGUGAAAAGGAGACCGAAGGAAAGGGGAAGAUCUGCGAGAAGCACCAGGAGCCCCUGAAGCUCUUCUGCAAGGAGGACGAAAGCCCGAUCUGUGUGGUGUGUGACAGGUCCAAGGAGCACAAAAGCCACGAGGUGGUUCCUCUAGAGGAGGCGUCCCAGGAGUACAAGGAUCAGAUCAGCACCUGCCUAGACAACACGAAGAAGGAGAGAGAGAAAUUUCUGGUGUUUAAAGCAGACGCAGAAAAGGAAAGUCAAGACCUGCUUAAACAAACAGUUGCAGAGAGGGAAAAGAUGGUGGCUGAGAUCAGGCGACUGCACCAGUUUCUGGAAGAACAAGAGAAACGUAUUCUGGCCCAGAUGGCAGAAGUGGAGAAGGAGAUUGCAGCCAAAAGGGAGGAGCACCUGGCCAGACUCUCCAGGGAACUCUCCUCUCUUGACAGCCUCAUCCGGGAGAUGGAGGAGAAGCUUCAGGAACCAGAGAGUGAACUCCUGCAGGAUAUUGGAAGCUUCUUGCAGAGGUCUCAGGAGAAGGAGAACUUAGAGGAUCCUCCUGUGGCUUUUCCUCCUGCCCUGAAGUGGAGGAUCUGGGACGUCUGUGAUAUGAGUCUCUUCCUGGAUGGAGUUAUGAAGAAAUUCAGAGACACUGUGGAAAAUGGACUGCAGCUGCGAAAAGAAAACGUAACUUUGGAUCCAGACACAGCAAAUCCCUACCUCAUCCUGUCUGAGGAUCGAAAGAGUGUGAGAGAGGGAGACUUCUAUCAAGACCUGCCAGACAACCCUGAGAGAUUUGACACGCAUGGCUUUGUGCUGGGAUGUGAGGGUUUCACAUCAGGCCGACAUUUCUGGGAGGUCACUGUGGGAAGAGAGGAGGGGUGGGGGGUGGGGGUUGCCAGAAAGUCUGUGAAGAGGAAGGGUGUUGUGUCUUUUGAUGCUACGGAGGGGAUCUGGUGUUUCGGGAACUGGGUCUUUGGGUAUGACCCCCAUGAGGCCCCUGUUCCAAGUGAGAAGCCCAAGAGGAUCCGAGUGGCCCUGAACUGUGAGGGGGGACAGAUGUCCUUUUACGAUGCUGAUACAGCAGCCCUCCUCUACACGUUCCCUGCAGCCUCCUUCUCAGGAGAGACCCUCCAGCCCUUGUUUUACGUGAGGAAAACCGAGAACCUGACACUCUCUAGCAAGGAAAUUUUGAGUCACCCCCUGGAAAGGAAAUGGAAACACAUCCAUUCGCGCGCGAAAAGCAAAGAAAAGGGAUCCAAGCUCUCUCUUCCUGGCGAGGCAGCAGCCAUGGCUGCUUCUGGGGGUCCCGUGCAGGAUCUCUGCGAGGAAGCCACUUGCCCCAUCUGCCUGGAGUAUUUCAGGGAUCCGGUGAUCAUCCCGGAGUGCGGGCACAACUUCUGCCGAGCCUGCCUGACCCAAUGCUGGGGGGAAUCAGAGGGAGAGGCUUCCUGCCCUCAGUGCAGGGAAAUCAUUCAGCACAGGAACCUCAUCCCCAAUCGGCCGCUGCAAAAUGUUGUGGAAAUACUAGUAGCCGAGAAAGUCUCCCUUCCAGGGGAAAAGGGGGCCGAAGGAAAGGGGAAGAUCUGCGAGAAGCACCAGGAGCCCCUGAAGCUCUUCUGCAAGGAGGAAGAAGCCCCCAUCUGUGUGGUGUGUGACAGGUCCAAGGAGCACAAGAAACAUGAGGUGAUUCCUCUGGAGGAGGCGUCCCAGGAGUACAAGGAUCAACUCCGCAACUGGAUAGAAAUUCUGAAGAAGGAGACGCGGGAAACUCUGGCAGUUAAAGCAGACUUUGAGAAGGAAAGCCAAGACCUGCUUAAACGAACAGACUCAGAGAGGGAAAAGAUGGUGGCUGAGUUCAGACGGCUACGACAGUUUCUGGAAGCACUAGAGAAAAAUCUCCUGGCCCGGAUGGCAGAGGUGGAGAAGGAGGUUGCCAGGAAAAGCGAGGAGCACCUGGCCAGGCUGUCAGAGAAGCUCUCCUCUCUUGAAAACCGCAUCAAGGUGAUGCAGGAGAAGUUUCAGCAGCCAGCGAGCCAACUCCUGCAGGAUAUCAGAAGCUUCUUACAGAGGUCUCGGGCAAAGCAGAACUUGCAGGAUCCUCCUGUGGCUUUUCCUCCUGCCCUGAAGUGGAGGAUCUGGGACUUCUGCGAUAUAAAUCCCUUCCUGAUGGGUGUCAUGAAUAAAUUCAGAGAAUCUCUGCGGUCAGGACUUCAGCUGAAAAAAGAGAACGUAACUUUGGAUCCAGGCACAGCCCAUUCCCUGCUCAUCCUGUCUGGAGAUCUUAAGAGUGUGAGGAAGGGAGAAAGGCAUCAAGACAUACUAAACAACCCAAAGAGAUUCGACUACCAGUACUACGUGCUGGGACGUGAGGCGUUCAGGGAAGGCAGACAUUUCUGGGAAGUCGCUGUGGGGAGCGAGGGGGAAUGGGCCGUGGGGGUGGCCAGAGAGUCUGUGAAGAGGAAAGGAGAGUUCAUCCCUGGUCCUAAGGAAGGUUUCUGGCGCAUAGGGAAGUGGAGUGAUCAAUACAGGGUCUCCACCCGCAAUGGGCCCCCUGUUUCGAUUCUGGGUGGGGAGCCCAAGAGGAUCCGAGUGGCCCUGAACUGUGAAGGGGGACGGGUGUCCUUUUACGAUGCAGAUACAGCAGCCCUCCUCCACUCAUUCUCAGAAGCCUCCUUCUCAGGAGAGACCCUCCAGCCCUUCUUUUACGUGAGCAAGAAAGGCAUACUGAAACUCUCUGCCUAA